CAGCUCCCAACACAAAACCCCACGGAGAUGGCUCUGGUUUGGCAGCGCCCUGUUUGAAAUCGCAAGGUCGCACGUACGAUCGGAGCAGUUGGUGUUAAAGCUGAGAAUCUCUGCUUUCUUUUGCGCCCGGUUUGGGGUGUGUGCGACGCCGCGACCCGGAGUUAUUGGGGUGCAAAUGCGGGGACCCCGGCGCGUCUGGCUGCAGAAAAUGCAUUUGGUGUGAGGCUCCUCUCCAGCCUGAGCCACAGACACGCAAAGGAGGCGAAGGCGCAGAGCUGUGCUGCUCCCUCCUCCGAUAUUAUGAGGGAUCCCGGGCGGAGCAGGGCUCGGAGAAACCCGGCUCCAUGGAUGACAGUAAAGCUGAAGAGUGGGGAGGAAAGGUUAAAGAAGCCAAACAAGAGAGCACCAGAAGCUGAAGAGGAAGAAGAGGCAGCAGGAGAAGGGGAAGAGAAAAGCAUAAAAGAGGGUAAUAUACCCCUUCCCGAGAUCCCCAGCCAGGACCCCGAACAUGUUUUGACCCCCAGUGAACCAUUGAACCUCCAGCAAGACCAGCGCCAUUUUCUGAGGUCCAGCGUCAGGCCGCACACUAAAAGGCUCAGGAAGGAUUCCUGCAGCGAUGGAGCCGGAACCAGCGCCAAAACGAAAGGUCUGGACAGCGCCACUCCAUCUUCCCCUAGCUGCUCUACAGGACUGGCACCCAAUGCCCCUAAAGCAUCCAGCCGGAACCUGGCUCCAUCAGGUGCGGAAAAGGAAGAGGGCAGCAAGAAAAAAGUGAGACGCCAGUGGGAGUCUUGGAGCACAGAGGAUAAGAACACAUUCUUUGAGGCUCUUUAUGAACAUGGCAAGGACUUUGAAGCCAUUCAGAACAACAUUGCCCUGAAAUACAAGAAGAAAGCCAAACCCGCCAGCAUGGUAAAGAAUAAGGAGCAGGUUCGGCACUUUUACUACAGGACCUGGCACAAGAUCUCCAAAUAUAUUGACUUCAACAAUGUGUUCUCUCGUGGCCUGAAAAAGUCCUCACAGGAAUUGUAUGGGCUGAUCUGUUAUGGAGAGCUCCGUAAGAAGAUUGGCGGGUGUAUGGACGAUAAAAAUGCAACAAAGUUGAAUGAGCUAAUACAGUUGGGAGUAACAACAGUGAGGUACAAAGGAAGGAAUCUGCGGAUAAAGGCCCCCAUGUGCAGAGCACUGAAAAAACUCUGUGACCCUGAUGGCAAAACAGGUUUGAGUGAUGAAGAAGAUCAGAAACCUGUCCGAUUGCCUCUUAAAGUUCCUGUAGAACUUCAGCCUCGGAACAACCAAGCCUGGGCUCGAGUGCAGAGCCUAGCGCAGAAUCCACGACUCAGGAUGAUUGUGGAACUGCACAGAAAGGUCUCCAGCCUCAUAGAGUUCCUCAAGCAGAAGUGGGCCCUUAAAGAGGUCCGCAUUCGAAAAACUCUGGAAGAUCAUCAGCUUAAAGAGUUGGGACCCCAGGAGUCAGAAGAUGAAUUAUUCCUCUUUCCAACAGAGGCGGCACAGCUAUCUUCUUUGCCUGGUGUGGCCAGAGUGGUUCACUCCAAGGCCUACUGCACAGUUCAUUGGCAAGAGACAGGAAAGUGUAAACAGAGUAUUAAAGACACUCAUUUGCUGCCUCCUGCCCAGAUUCUGGGCAUCCAAACUGGGCAGGGAACAGCCAGGGUGCAGCUAAAGUGUCUGAAAGGUGGGGCAGAUGGUAACAAGGGCAGCAAGGUAAAUGGCGGCACUGAUGCCCUGCCUUAUAGGACGCAAGUAGCAGAGGAUGGCUUUGUAGAGAAUGCAGUGUCUACAGGUGUUUCCCUUAGUCCAAAGACUCCUGAUGAGUCCCCUCCAGAGCAUGUGGACUCUCCUGCAGAUGCACCUUACGAAGGCUCUGGCAGCAGGCAGCCUGAUGUAGAGGAACUAUCACUGCUUGACCCCUUCCCCCGUUACCUAAAGUCUUGCCAGGACCUUAUUAUACCAGAGGAAAAUGAUUGCACAGACAAAGCCCUUGACAUCUCUCCUACGUCUCCUGAAACUCUUCAUUCAGGCACCAUGGAAGUCUCCCCUGGCCAACGGGACACAGAACCACAGACUACAGCUGGUGGUCCGGCCGAUACUUGCACUACAGAAACGUCCGGCACGGAGUCUCAGGAGAAGGAGCAGUGUGACCCCUCCAAGCCCUCCCAAGACAGCGCUAAUCAGUUUAUUGAGCAGCUACGCCAGGUGGGCUGGAACCAACGGACUUCUGAAAACCUGACACUAGCCGAGGUCUACCUCAUGCUGGGCAAGCCAGGCAAAUUACAGCUAGAGUAUGAAUGGCUGGCACCCUCCAGUUCAGAUGGUUCAGGCCACACCACAUGCCACAAGCAGAGACUCCUAAACUGCCUUCUACGUCUCAUCUCAACAGAGGUGAACCAUAAAACCUCUUUGCAGGCUCCAGAAACCACCUCAGUUGCCACUUCCCCAAUGAAGCUUCCAGUCCAGGAUCAGACUUUGACGCCUCCAGGGAAGGUCAUCACACUGUUGUCCAGGAACCCCAGCUGCUUACAGUCACAGCUCACACCCCAGAUCCAUUCUCACUUCCCCUCUACGUCGAGCACCCCAGGUUUCCGGAACCUGCCACGUCCCUUGUUAGUUGGCAAUCCCUUGGGGUCUGUGACAAGCACCACAGAUGGAGGAGUGUUUGCAGUGCCCACCAUGAGGCCACCCAACAGCCGGCAUUCAAAAGUCUCUUCUCCUGGCAAGGAAUCUGGGAGUCCAGUUCGUCAGCCAUUGGAUGCUAUCAGUUCUGAAUUCUUCUUGCCGAAGUCUAAGAAGCCAAGAAGCAGGCACCCAAGGAAACCCUUAGUUGUUCAGAGGACUCUCCUACCAAGACCUUCUGGUAGCUCCUCCCAUAACGUGUGCUCCUUCUCUAUCCUUUCCAACUCCUCGGUGGCAGGCCGAGGCUCUUUCCGCCCUAUCCACACAUCCCUUGGCAGUACCUCUGUAUCACACAUUGUCCCCAAAGGUUUGCCCACCACCAACCCUUUGUCUAGUGCUAUUGAUCUGGCUGCUAAGACAGCAGGUAUCAUACCAGGUGGCACUGUGCCAGUUGUGGACACAGAAGGUUUGUCAGGAAUAACCCCUUUGCCUCCUGAUGGGCUGACUGGGACAUCUCAGACUGCCGCUAGCCAAAGCACCAGUACAGACUCCAUACCAUCAGUGACAGUAUCUGCUGAGGACCCUAUUCCAUUUAUGGCGCUUUCCACAACCCCUGUGCAGGAGUCAAGACAGUCUUUCCAGCCAUCAGCUGCCCUGUCUCUGCCUGAGCUAUCCCAGAAUUCCUUGCAGAAUGGCCCAUCAAAUGCAUCAACCUGUACCCCUAGCAGUGCUGGUAGUUGCCUUUCCCCUCCUAAUGUAUCUGCUUUGCUGGACAUUUCUCUUCCUGGACCACCAGAUGACGUCCUGUCACAUGGAGGAACUUCCACACAUAUCAGUGACUCAAUCAUAGAAAUAGCCAUUAGCUCUGGGCAGUUCGGAGAAGCAGUGCCACUGUCACCAGCAAAGCUAAAUGAUAGCUCUAAAAGUCUUCCGUCCCCCAACUCAAGUCCCCAGCAGAACUGGAUUGCCUCCCCCAGCCAUGACCCACAGUGGUACCCCAAUGAUUCCACAGACUCCUCACUCAGUAGUUUAUUUUCCAGUUUCAUUUCUCCGGAGAAGGGGCGUAAGACCUUGCCCACAGCCCCAGGAAGUACCAGUGGCACCUCUCUGCUAGGGCCAAGCCUGCUGGAUGGGAGCUCAAGGGACUCCUUUGUUUCACGUACUCUGGACGUUACUGAGGUUGUUGACUCUCAGCUCGCCUGUCUGAUGAAUGAGAAUAGCAUUGAUUACAUAUCGCGUUUCAAUGACCUGGCUCAGGAGCUGUCAGCUACAGAGCCGACUCGAAGAGAAGUUCCCUUUGAAUCGGGAGCCCCAGCAAGUGGGCAGCCCAUUCGUGACCUGUCCUAAAGCAGGCUUCCUCUAUAUGUUGUUCUUCAUGUCCUUUAGAGUUGCAGCUGGAAAACAGAAAAUGGGCCAACCCCUUUGAAAUAAAGUUCUCUGUUAUAUGGCUUUGCUCAUUUCACCAACUUUUUACUUUUACUCACUUGCCCCGGUGCUUAAUUCCUGUCCUGCACUACAUUUAUAUAUGCUAGCAUCUCAUAAAUAAAAUAAGUGGCAGGAAAUACAAAUGGACAGUCAUUCUUCCAGCUUAUGCUCUGUAAGAAGAUGUAUACAUAGGUGUAUACCUACAGCAUACUGAAAGGAUUAAUCAUAAGGGCAGUCUGACUAUGUUUAAAUAUCAUGGGAAACGGCCAGCAUCUGUAGUGGUUGACGAUCCCUUAUCUCCAAGACCAAGGCUGGAUUUAGGGUAUUUGUGUUCUAAGACUGAUCUCACACUGUUUCCUUUUUGAGAGACCCAUGCAUUCUACAGUACAAUAUAAAUAAUGAAUGGGCUGAAAACUACACUUGCCAUUUUCUUUCUUCUGGUUGGCUGAGGAACCUGCAACGGCUGGACAGGCCAAGGACGAGCUGGUUAUCUCUGACGUAGUGUGGACCAUGGGAGCUUGGAUCAGUACUUUUUCUGCUUCUGUGACAGCUUUUUCUGUGUCAUCUGUGAUGGCAGUUUCAGUUGUACAGAGACUUUAAAAAAAGGCACUACAAUGCCUCACAUUCAUUAUAACAUGGCAUGUCAUUUUGUGCUGUCAGAGCAAGCUAAAACUGUGUGUAUCCUGCCACUGUGUAAUAGGUUGUCCAAUGUAUGCCCCAUGUUGGCUGUAAGAUGAAGUGCCCCCUUUUCCUGCUGGGGUUUUUCUUUUUCAGUGGCAGAGUAAGCAGUGCUGCAUUAACUGGUGUGCAAUUGCAUCCCGUGGAUGCUGUUUGUAAUAAGACAGAGAGAGAAGAUAUCCCUAAGGCUGACCUGAAAUAGUCCAACAAUGCUAUGUGCUCAAUAUUUCGACUGAAGUUAAAAUUCACUGUGAAACAUAUCUCAAUUACAUUCAUAGUCUAUAAAGGUACCAUGAGACCCCAAGGUUAUGCAAGGCAAAAUACAUACUAAGUAAAUGUCUAUAUUGGAUUGCUCUUCAAGGGGUGAACCGGCAGCCAUGAGAUUUUAAGGGAAAGGAAAUUGCCACAAAGUUCCAAAAUGUUCAACUUUUAAAGUAAUGAUUAGACAAGGUUUUACAGAAUGUACAAUUCUUGAAAACCUUUUUUUUUUUUUUCUUCUUUCUAUAAUGACUCUUUCUGGCCUUCUAACAGGAAUCACUGACCCUGACAGCCAAAAAACUAUUGCUCUUUUCAUUCUAUUUUGGUCUCACCUAUUCAAAUCUCCAUCUCUCCUUCAAACCGCUGCCUGGUUCCUUAGGUAGAUUUGACCCUAGCAAAAAGAUAGCUGCUAAAAUUCCAAACUGAGGAGCAGCUGAAAAAAAAAUUGAAAUAAUUCAAAAAAACAUAAAAUGCAGUCAGUUGUAAAUGGUGUCAGCAUAUCACUCUCUACAUUGUACUAAAGGUGUAUGUAAAACUACUUCUUUUCAUUAUUUGCCUCCCUGUUCUACCUCUUUACACUUUUAUCUUCAGGAUCUUUGACUCUACAACAAAACAAAAAAUCCACUUAUACAUAUUUUCAGCCUGCAUUUUUUCCAUAGGCUAUCUUUUAUUCUAGUAUAAGUGUUAUUAUUGUACUUAGCUGAAUUUCCAAACUACAGAACAAAAAGUUAUUAUAAAAACAAGUUAACAAAAAGAAAUGAAAUCAAUUGCAGAUUGUUAUAAUGCCACUCAACAUCACACUUAGUAAACUUAAGGUGAACGAUCCCUUAUCAUGUGUGAGUAAUUGACAGACGGACAGAUGCAUAUUAGAGUGGUUUGAAAGAGAAACUUUCCAUAUCCUGAUUAUUUGCUGUACUUUCUCUAUAGACAUUUUGCAGCCCUGCGACUGUGUGUAUUACAAAUACACACCCAAGAGUAUGUGUGUUUGGAUUUAUACACACAUAAGCCUGCGUUCUCAUGUGUUGUAAAUAGACAAUUAUGCCCGUAUGCAGGUGUGUAAAUGUAUUAACAAAUGUGCAUAUUUCUACAUUUUUUGCAUGCAUUUAAACUUUGGUGCUGUUUUGAAAAGCAGUCAGCUCUUUGGAAGUUCUACAACUUUACAGCAAUGCAUUAUACUCCAGUGAAAAUAAGCCAUAUUCAGUGGGAUUUAAUCCUGUGUUAUGAUAGGAUUUAGUGCAAAAUAUGCAAUUUUUUUUUGUUUUAAUUUUGUGUGUUACAUAAAAAUAGGACACAUGUUGGCACUCCCACAGACCUUUUUUUUAUAUUAAUAUUUGCUGGAUUGUUACAAAGAUAAUUUACUGAAAGGUAGGAUAGAAAUAGCAUCCAUUUGUUUGAUGAGCAUAUGGAAAAACAGAUGAAGUCUGCCUGUUCCCUGAAGUAUACCAAUGUCCAUAAAUAAGACCAUCUUGUAUAAAAAAAAAAGGUGCUUCAUCCUACACUUUUCCAGUUAGUAUGAGACAUUUAACUCCCAGUGCCGGGAAGUUCAUAAAAAGCAUUUGGCAAGUUCACACUCUGUGGUUUUAAAAAGAAAAAUAUAUUGUGAACACAAACUACAAGCAUAAAAUGAUUUUAAGUUGUAAUGAAAAGAAGAAUUUAAUACAUUUUGUAUUUCUUUGUACUAUAAAAUUAUAUAUAAAUAUAUAAAUAUCUGUAUAGUGUCUGUAUAAAGUGUUGCAGUCAUCUUUGAACCCUUUUGGCUACGUCAUGGGUUAAAGAAUGCUUGUUUUGUAACAUACUGUAAAUGUAAGUUAUUUACUAUUUCAUGCCUUUGAAUUGUGGGCUCUUUUUAUUUCCUUGUUUUCUGUGUGGAGGUUAUUUAAUAAAAUUUGAAUGCUGUUUAA